ACCAUGGCCGAAACCUCCACACUGCAGCUGUUCGUCAAGGCGAGCGAGGACGGUGAGAGCGUGGGCCACUGCCCGUCCUGCCAGCGCCUCUUCAUGGUCCUACUCCUGAAGGGCGUGCCCUUCACCCUGACCACAGUGGACACUCACAGGUCCCUGGACGUGCUCAAAGACUUCGCGCCAGGCUCGCAGCUGCCCAUCCUGUUGUACGACGGCGAGGCCAAGACCGACACGCUGCAGAUCGAGGAGUUCCUGGAGCAGACGCUGGGGCCGCCCAACUUCCCCAGCCUGGCGCCUCGGUACCGGGAGUCCAACACGGCAGGCAACGACGUCUUCCACAAGUUCUCUGCUUUCAUCAAGAACCCAGCGCCAGCACAAGACCAAGCCCUGUACCAGCAGCUGCUGCGCGCCCUCGCCCGGCUGGACGGCUACCUGCGCGCGCCCCUGGAGCACGAGCUGGCGCGGGAGCCGCAGCUGCAGGAGUCCAGCCGCCGCUUCCUGGACGGUGACCAGCUCACCCUGGCCGACUGCAGGCUGCUCCCCAAGCUGCACAUUGUGGACGCCGUGUGCGCGCACUUCCGCCACGCGCCCAUCCCGGCUGAGCUGCGUGCUGUGCGCCGCUACCUGGACAACGCGCAGCAGGAGAAGGAGUUCAAGUACACAUGUCCGCCCGGCACCGAGAUCCUGGCGGCCUACCGGCCUGUCGUGCGCCCCCGCUAGCACCUGCACCCCCAGAGCCUCAGGGCGACACGCAGGCCAAAAUGACU